UAAUUUCUCACACACACACAAAAGAAAAAAAAUAAAAAAAUUAAACAUUGCCUUAUGCUUUUAAUUUACACUGCCUUUUAUGGUGACAAUUAACUAGUUUUCUUUUCUUGGGUUUUUUCUAUAUAUCUAUUUGUUAAUUAAUUAAUUUUUUUUUUGGAAUUUUGGGUACUUGUAGAGAUUAAAGAUUCAAAUUUUAGUGUCUCUUUAGGAUAUUUAAUCCAAGAAAGCUUGAAUUUUGGUGGUUUUUUUUUUUUUUUUUUUUUUUGGGGUACCUUAGAGAUUAAAGAUUCAAUUUUUAGAGUCUUUUUUUAAGGAGAUUUAAUAAAAGAAAGCUUUUAAUUUUGGUGGGUUUUCUUGAAAGUUGUAGGCUUUGGGUGAAAUCAAGAAUUUAAGACGGGCAUUUUCUUUAUAAGGCCAUUGGUGAUUCUUGGUGGACAUGGUUGUUAACUUUCUCGAAUUUUCAAGUUGCUGAAUUUGGAGUAUUAUGAGUUCUGAUACUAACUCAGAAAGCUUGGAUUCUGACUGCUAAGUGACCAAUGGAUAGCCCCACAAUGACGAAUCCUGGCUCGGUUUCUAGUUCUAAUGAUGACGCUCCACGCGUUAAGUUCUUGUGUAGUUUCUCAGGAAGUAUAUUGCCAAGGCCUCAGGAUGGGAAGCUUCGAUAUGUGGGUGGUGAGACGAGGAUAGUGUGUGUUCCGCGUGAUAUUUCUUAUGACGAACUCAUGGCCAAAAUGAGGGAAAUCUUUGAAGGGGCAAUGGUGUUGAAGUAUCAGCAACCUGAUGAGGAUCUUGAUGCUCUUGUCUCGGUAGUGAAUGACGAUGAUGUGGUAAAUAUGAUGGAGGAAUAUGAUAAGUUGGGUUCUGGUGAUGGAAUAUGUGGUCUCAGUAGGCUCAGGAUCUUUCUGUUUUCCCACCCUGAUCAAGAUGGAUCCUUGCAUUUCUGUGAUGGGGAUGAGAGGGAUAACGAGAGAAGAUAUGUGGACGCUUUGAAUAGCCUUAAUGAAUCCCCAGAAUACAGAACGGGACAACAUAACGAAUUUGAUGAGCAGUGCUUUAGUCAGAUGAAUCUUGAUGGCGGUCUUCAUAAUUUGAGGAGUAAUGAAGUGCCUAUACCUCAGAUGAACUUACGUCACCUUACAAUACCACAUUUAGGUAUAACUCAGCCCCAACAAUCGGUUAAUCAGAGGUAUAAUGAAAUGGAGGCUCCUUGGAGUCCAGCAUACUAUUCUCCUAGACAGCCGGGACACCUUGAUGUCCCACGGCCAUUGUCGGAGUUUCCCAAUUCUCCUUCUUCGUCGCGGUACUAUUCUCCAUACGCUGAUUUCCAAGAGAGAAAUUUUGAGGAGUACGGUCGUGUUCAGGUUAAUCAUCCAUCUGUAUAUGAUCACCAGCCUCAAUAUACAGAUAACGUAAUGUUAUUUCCAAAUGGACCUGUACCUGACAAGUCUGGCUUUCCAGGAAAUAUCCUUCAUGGUGCUAAUGCAUUCGAGGGGAACAGUAUAUGUGAGCAUUGCCGAAUGACUUUUCAGCCAAAUACUCGAGUUGAGGAACCACAAAUCCAUGCGUCACUUUGCCAAGGUCUUAAUUAUGAAGACCUUCGUCAAAUUCGAACUGGACGGGAUCCUCCUGGUAGUCAGGUAUAUCAUGAUCAGGUAGUAGGGACGGGAUCUCAAAUUCAUCUUCCCUUGGUGGAAGAUCGUGGAGUUCGCUAUGGAAAUUCACCUUAUGCUGCUUAUGGACCAGAUACAGGAUACCAGGUUGCUCAAGCAAAUAUGCCUACACAUCCUUUGUGGAGGAAUGUUCAAAGCCCAGGUCAUGGAGGUCCUUCUUACGACGUUGCAAAUCCACCCCAGCUGGUCAAUGGUUCUGCUAGUCCUGGAUUUGUCAGGGGUGUAAUGGAAAAUAGUCCUAGGUUGCAAUCUGGAAUCGGGUUUGAUGGUUUUUCCAUGCCUGAAUAUUCUUAUGCACCAGCCCAAAACUUGAUGUCAAAUGCUCACACCCCGGUAAAUCAGUCGAUGCAACGUACUGUAGAAGCUAUUCAGGCGCCAGCUGGCAUGCACACUUUUGCAACUCUGGAGGAUCCGGUGUUAAAAUCUGAUAUAUUAGAGCCUUCAGGUUUGCUGGAAGGCUCUAAUAUAUGCAGCAGCAGUCCGACCGAAGCAUUAAUGGAAAAAAUUCCACUUAACCCUGUUUGUCCUGUGUCCACUUGCCUGGAAAAUGCUGUAAAAGAAGGUGUUUCUGCAGAUACUGAGACUAUUGAUGCUAACAAGAAGCCGCAAAAGGAUCGGUUGACUUCCUUAUCUGAUGCAAUUCCUUCUCCUGAAAAGGUAGCAUUACAUCCAAGUGUUAAGGAUGUAAAAGCUGAAGUACCAGAAAAUGCUGACACUGCUAAAGUGGCGAAUGAGAAUGAUGCAGAGUUGGCUGAUGUCCAAGGGGGUUUGGAGUUUGAUUCAGAGAAUGACAAUGUUAACAAUUCCAAGAUUGAGCCAACAAAGGCUGAGGAAGAAGCUAUUGAGAAGGGAUUGCAGACAAUCAAGAAUGAAGAUCUCGAGGAGAUCCGGGAGUUGGGUUCCGGGACAUAUGGAUCGGUUUUUCAUGGAAAGUGGAAAGGGUCAGAUGUUGCUAUAAAGAGAAUCAAAGCCAGCUGCUUUGCUGGUAGGCCAUCUGAAAGGGAACGUCUGAUUGCAGAUUUCUGGAGGGAAGCUCUGACAUUGAGUUCACUGCACCAUCCAAAUGUUGUGUCUUUUUACGGUGUAGUUCGUGAUGGUCCAGAUGGAUCUUUAGCAACUGUUACAGAAUUCAUGGUCAAUGGAUCAUUGAAACAGUUUUUACAGAAAAAGGACAGGACUAUUGAUCGUCGUAAAAGGCUUAUUAUAGCCAUGGAUACUGCUUUUGGUAUGGAGUAUCUGCAUGGGAAAAAUAUUGUUCACUUUGAUCUAAAAUGUGAAAAUCUGUUGGUAAAUAUGCGGGAUCCACAUCGACCCGUCUGCAAGAUUGGUGAUCUUGGCCUAUCAAAGGUGAAACAACACACUUUAGUCUCGGGAGGUGUACGUGGAACUUUACCCUGGAUGGCACCAGAGCUCCUAAGUGGAAAAACUAAGGUGACAGAGAAGAUUGAUGUUUAUUCUUUUGGAAUUGUUAUGUGGGAGUUGCUCACUGGUGAUGAACCAUAUGCAGAUAUGCAUUGUGCUUCAAUAAUAGGAGGAAUCGUUAACAAUACACUGCGUCCACAAAUUCCAACAUGGUGUGAUCCCGAAUGGAAAGCGCUGAUGGAGAGUUGUUGGGCCCCUGAUCCUGCAGAGAGGCCAUCAUUCUCAGAAAUCUCUCAGAGAUUGAGAACUAUGGCAGCGGCAAUGAAUGUCAAAUGAUGUUUACAUAUUGACCGAGAAAAAUCAAAAUAAAUUGUAGCCCAUGUUUUCACUUUGAAGUUGCUAUUGUCUCCCAAGAUGGCACCAGCUAUAAUAAACAUUCUGAUAUAUGUUUUCUCGUCCGAUGACUUCAUAUGCCUAUUAAUAUUAUGAAGUCAUUGCUACUCGGACGUUCUAGGAAGUUAUUUUCUGGAAAGACCAUCGGGUUGGCUGGUAUUUCAACUUUGUGAAGGUCGGCAUAUGCUAACGUCAUGAUGAUGAUGCUAUUGCAGUUCAUUCAGAUAUAUUCAUUUUUCUUUUUUCAGAUAUCUGUUGGAACUGGUAAAGCAGUGUACAUAGAUUAAUGUUAAUGACAAUUUAUACAUCUGAAGUUAUAUGAGUUUCAGUUUCUGUAUUA